UUGGAGGAAUCGAUCGCCAUAGCGUAUCCGUCGAGGGAGUUGUGUUCCUUGGUCGAGGCUGUUGUGGCCUCUGCUGUGAUACCUUGGAAUUAGUAUUUUCUCUGUCGUUUAUCGUUUUAAAGAACGUUAAUUAGUGGCAAUGCGACGCCAAGCAAACGGGUAUGUGGACAGGCGCGGCGGGGGUGGUCGAGGAAGAGGAAAUAUGUACCGAGGACGAGGUGGCCAACGAGGAGGAGGUCGUGGCGGCGGGAUCCACAAGCCGCCGCCGCUCAUGUCGCGUCCCCUGCCACCCCCACCUGGUAUGCGACGCCCUCCCAACAUGGGCCCCCCCAGAGGUCCCAUGGGACCACCACCCAUGCCCAUGGGGAUGGGACCGCCCCCAGGUCGUAUGGGUCCCCCUGGACCCGGCCGGAGACCCAAUCAUAUGGGUCUUCCUGGGCGAAUGGUAGGGCGACCUAUGGGGGGCCCUGGGCGACUUGGUCCUCCUGGUCCAGGAAGAUUGGGCCCCCCUGGCCCUAGACCUCUAGGACUUGGUAGAGGAAUGGGUCCCCCACCACCCAGGGGUGGCAUGGGACCAAGAGGUAGAGGAGCGAUGCAGGGCAUGUUGCCUCCGCCACCAAUGGGUCCACCUUUUAGACCCCCAGGGCCUGGCAUGAUGGGCCCCCCAAGACCACCUAUGAGAGGCAGAGGGCGAGGUCGAGGUGCAACUCGGGGACGUGGAGCUACAAGAGGACGUGGUGGUGGGAUAUCCAUGAUAAAGAACAAGGACAAGCAGGGAGAAAUGAACAAACCUUGGGUAACAGAAAGCAUGAAAAAUGAAAUUAUGAAGAAACACAAACUUCACCAGAAGGCCAAGAAGACCAAGAGCAAAGAGGACUGGGACGAGUUUAAGGAACAGCGGAAUAAAGUGACGACUAUGCUACGGGAGGCCAAACUGGAGUACAUAGGAGCACACCCAGAAGAGGAUGUGGAUAAAAUAUUGGCGGAAGCAGCCAUGCAAGGCAACAUUAAAGAUGAGGAAAGUAAAGGGGAGGCGUCAGCCACUAGUGAAGCUAAAACGGACAGUUCGGACGCCCCCGAGGGGGAUGGGGCAAAACCCCAAUCCAUGGACCAGACAGAGGAAAACGGGGAGGAUAUAGUGGAUCAGAAAGAGUUAAACACCGAUGUACCAAUGGCUCCCCUGGCCCCAGAAAUAGUGGGGGACAUAAAAUCGGAGAGCAAUGGGGAGAGCCAAGUGGAUGUUAUAGCACCUGGUCAAUAGGCUCUGAGCCGUGACCACAACCCACCCUGCCACUUUAUGCUGCUAUCAUAGGAGCUAAAAUAUACUUUAUAUCUAAACUGUAUUUUUGAACUAGUGUUAUACUCCAUACAUUUUAGACUUAGAAAGUAAAUGUUUUUAAAAAAAGUUUUAAAAAUCAGUCUUGCACUAAAUUAUUAUUUAUAUGACUGUAUUCACACAUAAUUAAUUUACUUUAAUUGUCCAGAUGAAGUCAUUAAUUUUAACUUAAGGUUAUGAGAUCUUGUAUCAAUAUCUCUUAUAUAAUUAGUGAUUUUUUUGUGCAAUUGAGACCAUUGGCUCAUUAUGAAUAUGUUUUCACAUAGGUUAAGGAAAUAAAUUGAUAGUAAAUGAAA